AUGACAACAAUCCGCUGCAUUCUGUCUAUUGCUGUGAAAAGAAAUUGGGAUUUGUUUCAACUUGACGUCAAUAACGCCUUCCUCCAUGGUGAAUUAGAUAAAGAAGUAUAUAUGAGGUUCCCACCUGGACUAUCUCCUCCAUCUCCUGCUCAUAGGUCCUCACUUAAUGACUACUCCCUUUUCUUCAAAGUAUCUGGGGAUUUGAUAACCAUUCUUGCGGUUUACGUGGAUGAUGUCUUGAUCACUGCUAAUAAUCAAGCAGAAAUCAAUGAGAUCAAACAAUUUCUUGACAUGGAAUUUAAAAUAAAGGAUUUGGGGUUGGCACAUUAUUUCUUGGGUUUAGAAUUGAUCAAGGAAACAGGAGGUUUAAUUGUCAUACAAAGAAAGUUUGCUUUAAAGUUACUUACAGAUUUUGAUUGCUUGGAUGUUCGACCAGCUUCUUCUCCAUUGGAUCCUUCCAUUAAGCUUUCUUCCAGUUGUGGUGAACCUCUCCCUGAUCCGACUGUUUACCGACGUCUUUUGGGCAAGCUGAAUGUUUUAACUAGCACACGUCCAGACCUUUCUUUUGCUGUGCAAACUCUCACAUUGCAUGUUUUGCGUUACAUUUCCAAGGAUCCAGGUCUUGGUUUGUUCAUGUCUUCUGAACCUUCAUUUCAACUCUUAGCUUUCUGCGAUGCCGACUGGGCUUCUUGCUCCAAUACACGCCGUUCAGUGAGUGGUUUUUUCUUAUGUCUUGGUGGUUGCCCCAUUUCAUGGAAAUCUAAGAAGCAGCAGGUAGUCGCUCUUUCUUCCGCAAAAGCGGAAUACCGUUCAAUGCGCCGAUUAGCUGCUGAAAUAACUUGGGUGGUCCGAUUGUUGCACGACCUAUCUGUUGUGCCCUCUUUGCCGGUUCCUCUUCAUUGCGAUAACCAAGCAGCCAUCCACAUAGCAAAAAAUCUCGUCUUUCAUGAACGGACCAAGCAUAUUGAGCUUGAUUGUCACUUCGUUCGUGAAAAACUUCUGGAUGGGUUGAUCUCUUUGUCUUUUGUUCCUUCUUCUUCUCAAAUGGCCGAUCUUUUUACAAAAGCACUAGCUGGUCCUUUGUAUGGAUCUUUUCUGGGCAAGCUUGGAGUCCGAUCACCGGUCUCCAGCUUGAAGGGGGUGUUGCCGGACAAAAUCCUCAUUCUACCAUUUCCGAUGAGUCUCCGAUUACAGAAAGAGAAGGAGACGUGA